AUGCCUACAGUCAAGAAGCGCAAGGUCGCCCAAGAGGUGGCCUCCCCGGUAGAAGAUAGCGAUUCUCAGUCCUCGCGCUCCGAAUCUCCCGCGGCUGAGAACACCACCAACGAUGACGGCAGCGCCGAGAAUACAACUACACCCAAAUCGUUUAGGGAAUUGGGCGUGAUCGACUCGCUGAUCGAAGCUUGCGAAACCCUUGGAUACAAAGCACCAACUCCUAUUCAAGUCGAGGCGAUUCCAGUUGCGCUUCAAGGAAGGGACGUCAUCGGUUUGGCCGAGACAGGUAGUGGAAAGACGGCGGCCUUCGCACUUCCAAUCCUACAAAAGCUGAUGGAAAAUCCCUCUCCCUUCUUUUCCCUCGUUCUCAGCCCCACUCGAGAGCUUGCCUAUCAAAUCGCCCAGGCCUUUGAGGCCCUUGGAUCGACUAUCAAUGUUCGCACGUGCUGUCUUGUGGGUGGUAUGGAUAUGGUGCCUCAAUCGAUCGCACUCGGCAAGAAGCCCCAUAUUAUUGUCGCUACCCCUGGUCGUCUCCUCGAUCACCUUGAGAACACCAAAGGCUUUUCACUCCGGGCACUGAAAUACCUCGUCAUGGAUGAGGCUGACAGAAUGCUUGACCAAGACUUUGGCCCUCUCCUUGACAAGAUUCUCCGAAUUUUGCCAGCUAAACGUAACACUUUCCUUUUCAGUGCUACCCUUUCCUCGAAGGUCGAAUCCCUACAAAGGGCUUCCUUGUCCAACCCGGAGAAAGUCUCCGUGAGCAGCAAAUAUUCCACUGUGAAAACCCUCCAAUCCUACUACUUGUUAAAACCGCACAAGUGGAAGGACCUCUACCUCUGUUACCUUCUUAAUGAGUUCAUGGGUCAAAGUGUCAUUCUCUUCACCAGGACAGUUCACGAAACUCAAAGAGUCGCAUUUUUACUUCGAAGCCUGGGCUUCGGAGCUAUCCCGUUGCACGGUCAGCUUAGCCAGUCUUCUCGACUUGGUGCACUUGGCAAGUUCAGAUCGAAGGCGCGUGACAUUCUCGUGUGUACAGAUGUCGCAGCCCGUGGUCUUGAUAUUCCAAGCGUUGAUGUUGUUUUGAACUUCGAUCUCCCCACCGACAGCAAGACCUAUAUUCACAGAGUCGGGCGAACUGCACGUGCGGGUAAGAGUGGUGUUGCCAUCAGCUUCGUAACUCAGUACGAUGUGGAGUUAUUCCAGAGAAUCGAGGAUGCUCUGAACCGAAAACUGCCAGAAUAUGAGACCGAGAAGGAUGAGGUUAUGAUUCUGGCGGAGAGGGUCAGCGAGGCGCAGCGUUAUGCCAUUAUGGAGAUGAAGGCAAUAGACGAGAAGAAGGGUACCAGAGGAAACAAGUUUGGUAAAGGCAAGCGCACGCGUGAUAAUAUGGAUCAAGAGGAGGGUUGA